AUGUAUAAGAAUUGCUUCAAUUCAGCAGCUAGCACAGAAGUUAAUGUAGCAGAAUUUUUGUUUGCAAAAAUUUUGUUAGGAGGUACAGUCAGUUCUCCAUUCGGGGCAAUAUUUGGAACAAUUACCUUUGGUUUAGGGAUUUGGGCCGGUUCAUACCUACUGAAUUGUGGCAUUGGCCUGACCAAAGUUCCAGAAAUUCUCAAAAAACUUAAUAAUAUAAUGGAGAAAGCUUUAAAAGCUUAUGAUGAAGGCGACCAUCAGCGUUUAUCAAUUAGAGACGCUUUAAGCUAUGGUUUUAGAUCAGAUGGUAUCGCUUAUCUAUUAAUAUUGCUUGAUGAGGUCUUGAAUAGCGGGAAAAUAAAUAUUGAAGGAAAAACAACAAGGGAAUUAAUGCCGCUAGCAAAGAACGUACUUUCUGGGUUGAAGUCCAAAAAACUUGAAGAGAUGGCCAUAAAUCUCGAUAAACGCAUUUACGAAUUACAAAAAGAGAACAACUUUUUUGAAACUGCCCUUAAUAAAGUUAUCGAUUUUGUUUCUCUUAAGGAGUAUCACAACAUAGCUAAGGAGUACAUGGAUGACGCUAAUAAAUCCUUUCUAUCAAGGUUAGAAGAAAUGCGUGACAUUGCAGACAUUAACCUCACAAUGUUUGAUAUAAUUAUGGUGGUAUAG